AUGAAGAAUGAAACACAAGCUGACGACACAAUACAGUGCCAAGAACGUCCAGUAGACGCGCUCUCUCUGCGUCGCUCUAGCCGUCUGGCUGCCCAACCUCUUGUGCGUCGCAUUGCGCCAAUCAUCAUGAGCGGCCCAAGGCGCAAUCCUAAACGCAAGGCCGCUGAAGCAGCAAGCGAGGUGAAUCAUCUCAUCAACUCUGACAAUCUUCUCGACGAGGCACUAGCUCCGCUAUCCCAAGAUGAUAUCGAGCAGUGGGAAGGUUGGAUAGAGCUUGAAUCGGAACCUGCUUUCUUCAACAUCAUCCUACGGGAUCUGGGGGUUCGCAAUGUCAAGGCUCAGGAAAUCUUUACUAUUGGCCACGACUUGCUUGCACUUCUACCACAGCCAGUCUAUGGCUUAAUCUUUCUCUUCCAAUAUCUUCCGGAACUUCAAGAAACAAACCAGGAAGAAGAUGCAAAUGGUGUAUGGUUCGCGAAUCAAACUACAAAUAAUGCAUGUGCAACCGUUGCUAUGCUCAACAUCGUCAUGAACGCCGAGGGAAUCGACCUGGGUGAAAAGCUUCAAGCCUUCAAGAGGUCAACUAGCGACCUCAACACAGCACUACGAGGUCACCAGAUCAGCAAAAGCAAAUUCAUUCGCACAAUACACAACUCUUUUACACGCCGCAUGGACCAUCUCAAUGCCGACCUGUUCCUAGAAAACGAAGCCAUGGAUGCGAAAGCCAGCACCAACAAAAGGCGCGCACCCACAAAGAGAGGAAGUAGAGCUCUUCCACGAAAGAGGAAGGCCAAUUCAGAUUACGGCUUUCACUUCAUUGCCUAUGUUCCUGCAGGGGGUUAUGUGUGGGAGCUGGAUGGGCUUCAGAAAAAGCCUCAUCGGCUGGAUCGUGUACCUGACACUGGUGAUUGGGCAGCUGUCGCGACGCCGCAGAUCGAAGGUCGAAUGCUGCAAUACGAAGAGAGCCAACUCUCAUUCAACCUGUUGGCGCUCUGCCAGAGUCCUCUUGGCGCCCACUCGCAAACUAUUGCCCGUGCCAUUGCAUCUCUCCAAUAUCUCCACACCAGCGCCGAGUCCCUCCCAACAUUCAAAGAUCUUGUUUCUGCCGAAAGGUUUCCCCUUGACAUUGAAAGCGAGCAACAACUUGCAGAAUACAGCCUCACAAAAUCAGAUGUCACAAGUGCACAGAUCCCCGAAUCUCUACAAAAGAAGAUCCAGCGCGCGGGUUUUGACACUCAAUGCGCUUAUGAGCUUCACCAAGAACUUGUUGUCGAUGUCAAGGCCGCCAUGGGCGAGUAUCGCGCAGAACUGACGACAAUAUCAGAUGAUGAACAGCGAGUCAAGGGUCGUAAGAAAGACUACGGGCCAGCCUUGCACAAGUGGAUGAGCAAGCUUGCCGAGAAGGGCGUAUUGGAGGAUGUUAUCAAAGCGGCGUAG